AUGAUUGGAUUCAGCUGGUUGCCCAUGGGAAGCCUUAGUCCACCAAUCAGCUGGACGCCAUCGGUUGUCCAAUCAGCGAGCUCGGGUCGAGUGCGGUUGGACAGAAAUGUGAGAGCAAAUUGCUCGGCCGACGUCGGCAAAAGUAAUGAUGAUGGCAUGCACGUUGUCCUCUGCCUCUUCUCCGUCAGUCUCCAGCAUUGCUUGAUUUGCUACUCUUUCUUCUCUUUCUUCUCUUUCUUCUCC